GACGAACUCCACGAGAUCCGUCGGUGCCGUUCCCGAAACGCCUUCGGAGCCGCCGGAUGCUCGAGCCUUUCUCAUGACCUCGGCCCAGGAGAAAUUGAAUUCUGCCAUGAAAGGUGAUGGUGAUCGCGAGCGCAAAAGAAGAAGGAAGGACGCCAAGAAGAAGCGAAGCAAAUCCACGUCUUCCGAGCCGGAGACAGAGUCGGAGGAUGCCAUUGCCGUGAAGCAGAGUGUUUUCUGUUUGGGGUUUCGCGAGCUCAACAGGAAGCAGCAGAACACUUUGGAUGACUGGAGCACGAAGCAGAUUGCCUACGCAUUUGCAUGCUCCAGCAAAUUUAUCAUACCGGCGGAGCUGUACGAUAUUGGGGGCGAGCAGGACUGA